ACAUGAAUAGUCCAGUCAAAUAUCUUACAUAGUGUUUUGGUAAAAUCAAAAGCAUCAAGAGUUGUUUUAGAGUUGUGAAGAAUACAAAUACAGACUAAACAAACAUUGCUUUCACUUUUAACAGAGUUUGUUAAUGUGUGCCUGCAGAAAACACUUUAAAAAUGUUAAUUUUUAGUUAAACUAAAACUGUUACAACUCUGCUAUCUACGAUCAUGACUCAUGACUAUGAUCCAGUGUGUAUCAAAUUAAUAAUUAACAGAAGAUAGAUGCAGAUCAAAAGUGUUUUUUUACUUUCAUUUUCACGAUCUAAGUACAGCAAUGUUUGUAGCGGAGCAUGGUAUGUGUCCAAAGAAAACUUGCUGACAUUUAAAUACUUUCCAAAUGACAGAUUCACUGAGCCGACACUGAAGAAACAACAUCAUGGGGAGCCAAUGCUCUCUCAGGAGGGGUAAAAUAGAGGAAGAUGAGUUUGACACACCUCACAAAAUAAGAAAGAAAGAUGAGGUUUCCACCACAGUGAGUAGAGAAAAGUCUCCUCUCCUCCAAAGAAGGCCAUCUCUGCAGGAGGAGGGAGGAGCCGUGAAGGAGGAGGAGACUUUAGAGAGGCAAGAAGAAGAAACUUCCUCUGAAAAACUGGAAUGUGAGACGAGCAGCGCUCUGGCACAUGAAUACACUGUCGUUGAAGUUAACCCCUCAAAUGCUUGCCUCUUUGAAACACCUGAUCCUGCUUCAGCCAACACAGAGGAGAAAGAAGCUGCCUGGGUGGACAAGAACAGGGCUGAUCUCAUUCAGACUGUAAACUCAGUGAUGCCAAUAGCUGAUGAGAUGCUCCAGCAGAAGAUAAUGCAUCAAGAGAUGUACGACAACAUCGAGGCUGCCAAUACCAACAAGGACAAGAUGAGGAAGCUCUUCAAGACCCUAACGUCUCCAAAAGCCAAAUCGGACUUCUUUAGAAUCCUCCAGAAAUGGCAGCCAGAGAACUGUGGAACCGAAGAUGUCGUCAAAGAAGUCAUCAAAAACCACAAAGCAUAUCUGAGGGAAAAGUUCAGGUAUGAGUUUGAAGGCACUGAAAAAGAUCAUAAGGAGAAAAAAUCAUUGGACAAAAUUUACACAGAGCUUCACAUUGUACAGGGAGAGAGCGAACGUGUCAAUACAGAACAUGAGAUCUGGGAGAUUGAAGAUAAGGCGAGGUGUCAAACAGCUGAGGACAUUAAAAUCAACUGCAAUGACAUCUUUAUAUCAGCUAUCAGGACCGUGAUGACAAAGGGAAUUGCCGGCAUUGGAAAAACCGUCUCCGUGAAGAAGUUCAUCCUUGACUGGGCAGAAGGGAAAGCCAACCAGGACUUGGACUUCAUAUUUGUGCUACCAUUCAGGGAGCUAAAUCUAGUCAUAGAUGAUCCAUUUAGUAUUGAGACACUCGUGAGAGACUUCCAUCCAACACUUAAGAACAUAUCAGUUGCAAGAAUAUUUGAUAAUCACAAAGUUUUGUUCAUUUUUGAUGGUCUCGAUGAAAGCCAGCUUCAACUGAAUUUCAAAAAAACCCAAAUAUUGAAAGAUGCCACUAAGGAAUCAUCAGUGGACACUCUGGUGACCAACCUCAUCAGGGAAGACCUUCUUCCUAACGCUCUUGUCUGGAUAACCUCAAGACCAGGACACGUUCAGCGCAUCCCUCGCCAGCAUGUAUACCAGUGGACUGAGGUCAGAGGAUUUAAUGAUCCACAGAAAAUACAGUACUUCAGGAAUAGAGUUGAGGACAAGGCAGUAGCUGAACGAAUUAUCAACAACAUCACGAUGUCCAGGAGCUUAUACAUUAUGUGUCACAUACCUAUCUUCUGUUGGAUUGCGGCAAAGGUUCUUGUGUAUUUGCUGCGGAAGAUGGACAACACUGGAGGUGAAGACAUAAAGAUACCCACAACUCUUACUGAGAUGUACACACACUUCCUUUGCAUUCAAAUGCAGGUAGCUACGGAAAAGUACGACAACCAGGAUGAGUCAGAUACAGAGGAGAUCUUCAAGUCGAAUGAAGGGUUCAUUUUUAAAUUAGGCAGAAUGGCAUUUGAACAUUUGAAUAAAAGCAACAUCAUAUUUACUGGCAAUGAUCUGAAAAGCUAUGGCAUCGACAUAACCCAAGCUGGACUUUACCGUGGGUUGUGCACAGAGAUAUUCAAAGAAGAGAAUGUGUUCAACAAGAAGAAACUCUACUGCUUUGUGCAUCUGACAGUUCAGGAGUACUUUGCUGCCCUCUUUGUGUACCACAGUUUUGCAAGUAAAAAGAUAGAUUCCCUAAGCCUCAAGGAGUUCCUGCUCAAAGGGUCCGUGGAAGAGCUCAAGUCUAUCUUGGAUGCAGAUCCAGUUGAUUUACCUUUGGACGAACUGAUGGAAAUCUCGAUAGCUAAUUCAACUCAGAGAAAGACAGGAGAACUGGACAUGUUCCUCAGGUUCCUCAUCGGCAUGUCCCUACAAUCAACACAAGAGCUGCUUCAAGGCUUGAUUCAGCAGGAAGAGGCGCACUCUGUGGUUGUUGAGGAAAUUAAGAAGAGCCUUUUAGAAAUAGAUUUAGGGGACUGCUCACCUGAAAGAUGUCUGAACCUCGUUCACUGCCUGAUCGAGCUGAAAGACAGUUCCCUACACGAUAAUGUGCGGAAGUAUCUGAGACCGGAUCACGAUCCAGAAACACAGCUCUCCCCUGUUCAGUGCUCAGCUCUGGCUGACUCAAUUCUGAUGUCAAAUACGCCUCUGGAUGAAUUCAACCUGAAGAAAUACAGACCAUCAGCAAAAGGUAUUUUUCGACUUGUCCCAGCUGUGAGGAACUGCAGAAAAGCAAGAAUCUCAGGUGUCGUUCUUGAUGUUUGGCUUUGCGAAACAAUCUCCUCAGCUCUUCGAAUGCCAAACUCCGUGCUAACAGAACUGCACCUGACAAAUAAUAACUUUUUUGAGAAAGGCAUAGGGAUCUUGAUUGAUGGACUGCAAAACUGUCAGUGUAAACUAGAAGCUCUGAGUCUCUCAGGUCACGGUCUGGUACAACCAGACUGUGAAAAGAUGGCAUCAGCUAUCAAAUCAGUUCUCUCAAAUCUAAGGGAACUGGAUCUGAGUGGCAACCCGCUGGGAGGUUCAUUAUACUCUCUGCUUUCUGUUGGGCUAGGUAGCCCCAAACUGGAGAAGCUCAGACUGAACAGAAAUCCUUGGAUUGCAAAAAUCUGCAAGGAGUUGGUGACGGCAUUCACAUCCAACCCAUGUUCCCUGCGAGAGCUGGAACUGAGUUACACCAGUUUGAAAGACUCAGAAAUGGAGUUCCUCUCUACUGGGCUGAUGAGCACAAACUGUACCCUGGAGGUGUUGAGUGUCAGUCACAACAGACUCACUGAGAAAGGUUGUGAGACGUUGGCCUCAGUACUCAGCUCCAAAUCUUCCCGCCUGACAGAGCUGGACCUGAGCUACAAUGACCUGCAGGACUCAGGAGUGAGGGCGCUCUCUACUGCACUGAUGAACCCACGCUGUUUGAAAACACUAAAGCUGUCAUUCUGUAAAGUGACAGAAGAUGGAUGUGUCGCCCUGGCCUCUGCCCUGAGGUCUGACCACUGCGGCCUCAGGGAGCUGGACCUGAGCUUUAAUCACCUGGCAGAUCACGGAGUCGAGCUGCUGACUGAAAUACAGAGGGAUUCACGCUGCAGUCUGGAGAAACUCAAUGUGGACCACAAUGAAGAAUGCUGGUUUGACCUGAAGCUACUGAGACAGUAUGCUUGUGAUCUGACACUGGACCCUAACACAGCAGGUGUGACUGUGAUUUUGACAGAAGAGAACAAAAAGGGAACAUAUGUUCAUGAGAAGCAGCCGUAUCCUAAAAAUGAAGACAGAUUUGACUACUGUCAAGUACUGUGUGAAGAGGGUCUGACUGGUCGCCAUUACUGGGAGGUUGAGUGUAUUUCAGCUGAUGUCGGAGUGGCAUACAAAAGUAUAGCCAGGGCACACGACUAUUCAAGGGAAUUCUCUUUGGGAGAAAAUGAAAAGUCUUGGUGCUGGUUUUUUAAGGGGGACUUUUGUCAUAACAAUUCCCAUCUGGAGUUUAUGGGCCCCAAUACAUAUCAAAGUACGAUAGGAGUGUAUCUAGACUGGCCUGCUGGCAUUUUGUCCUUUUUUCAGGUCUUUCCUGACACACUGACCCACUUGCACACUGUCCGUACAACUUUCACUGAACCACUCCAUCCUGGUUUCCAAUUAGAAUAUGGAUCCAUUUACCUGUGUAAAAUAAAGUAACCAAAAAGUCCAUACAACACAAACCCAUUAUAGGAUCUGAAACGGUCUUAAAAAGCAUAAACUGUGACUUUGUCAAUACCAUACUGAUUUAGCCAAAUAAAGAUCCAAGUCUCGUGACCUGUUUAAAGGUUGAAUACAUUUUCUAUGUGAAAGUAUGAUGAGAAAUAUGGGUCCAAAUUGGGGCGGGUUUGAGCACACAGCAUACUCAACCCAGCCAUCUUUUGCGUACGUGUUUGUAUAUUUUUUGAAAAACAUCUGUACAGAAGAUAAAGAAUGAUAAUAAUAAGUAUGGCAAAUAAAAAUGUGGUUAUCCUUGUGCUUUACACAGCAUGGCCCACUAAAAAUAUAGGAAAUCUAGAGAAAAAAACACAUUUAACAAUUGAAACAAGGGCCAGAAAGCACAUCAAGCAGAGUACAUUUCAGACUGGUACAAUAAGGAUUUGUCUAUAAUUCUUCCCACAUUUUAUGACUCAACUUCUCAAAUUCUGGAUUGUCAGUUAACAAUUGAAAGUUCAUCUGCAAAUUUCCCACUUGAUUGUGAGAAACAAAAAUAGCACAGUGGCACAUUCAGGCCAUAUAUGGAAUCAAUUUUGAUCUCCUCAUAUCCAAAGCUGCCAUUAUAGAUAUAAUUUUACAGUUUAUAAUGCACCAUUUUUAAAAAGAAAUGUACAUAUCAUCUGUCACUGUCAAUAUAAAUCCUACACGCUGUACACACAGUAUAUAGACACCUGUACAUACCAUACAUAAUCAUCCAGUCCAUGUAUUUCCAUUCGGUAUUUAUUUCUUUACGCUAUUUGUAUUUUUUUACAGCUUAAAGAACUCUUGACUUGUAUAUAGACAUUUGAUUUUUUAUUUUACUGUUGGUCAUUGUUUCUCUUGUUUUUUUAUAUAUAUUUAUGUAAUAUUCACACAUACACCUAUUUUUUCCACAUACUUGUGUACAUAACAGUUCUGUCUAUUUUUUACCUUUUUGUCCAACUUUGUUGCCCUUGUCCCUCGCUGUUAUUUCUAUUUCUGUGUAAGUACAACAGGAGAGAUGAAAAGUCAAAUUCCUUGUAAGUGCACAUGUACUUGGCAAACAAAGCUGAUUCUGAUAAAAUCUAAUCUUUUUGACUGCACCUCUGAUUGAAAUAUUAAGUGAAACGCAGAGAGAGAAACUCUUCUUCCUGCCUCUUGAUUAUCCAUCCUCUUCUUUCUGUUUGCCUGUCGGUAGAUGCACAAUAAAAACACUAUUGAAGCAUU